AUGGUUCAGAAGCAAGUGGCUGCUACUGUGACGCCCGGUAAAUUUGACCAAGGGAUAUACGUUUACUGGCGCUCCUUAGAUGAAUGGGGAGAGAUGCUUUAUGAUCACGCAGUACAAACGGGGCAAUUGGAUACUGUAAUGACGAUAUACGAGCUCACAAGCGAGGACCUGUCGUUACCAGAGCCUCUAAAACAACUUGACCAGGCGUUUUUGUUGACGAUCAUUGCUGACUUGAAAAAGAAGAAUAAAGUGCAAAUAUUGAAGGAGGGCGGCACCGUGGCGGGUGUCAAGUUUGGUAGCGGUUAG